AUGGAUGAGACUACAAGGUCCUCUUACACUCGAGGUGAAGCCGGCAGGCAUAAUUUUGUGCCAUCCAUCAUCGAAAACGAUCUGCAGUCUGAGACAAGUAGUAGGCCAAUGUCAUGUCUGCUACCACAGGCAACAAUGAAUAAUAAUGGUAUCCUCGGUUAUAAUCCCUUGGCUCUAUCGUCUAAUCCCUCUUCACAAGUUGGGCCCUCUGGAGACAUCUCCUUCGAAGAAUUUGAGUCUUGUCUGGAAAAGGAGUUACGCGUGCGAGGUCUGACUGAACACAGUGCUCAACGCUGUCGCGUCAACGUGAAUCACUUCAACACAAUUCGUGAGCCAGGACGUUGCCUGUUCCCCUACAACGAGGUCUCGGAUAGCAUUCCGCCUCAUGUUAAGAUACAGUUAGGGUUUUUCUCUGCUAAACAAACGAUUAUUUAUACGACACCCGUGCAGCAGCACCGUGUGGCUAUUCGUGAACAAGCAUGUGAGGGAGAUCAGCGCCCAUUGAGUAGCCUAACUUGUUACUUUGAAUCAGAGUUGCUUACCGACCCAACGUUAACUGUAGAUGACGAAGGCCUUCCACACAACAAUCCAUCUGAACGGCUUCUAACGCGUCAGGAAAUUCUCCGCGGAGACGGCUCCGCAGUUGACAAAGCUGCUUCUAAGAUAUCAUACGGUGAUCCUCUACAAGUGUGGGAACAUGUUUGUGAGAAUAUGGUAGUCGAUAAAAAGAUUGAGAGUGAGAACAAGGGUGAUAACUCGUCGUUGGAAGCAAAUUCCAUGGCAAAUAGCAUAUGGGUCAGUGAUGUUGACACGCGCAAGCCCAUUCCAGCGAUGAAGACUUUCACUGGUGGGAUGGUUUUGUGCGUCACAUGUAACUCAAUGACGAGCCAAGUGUCGAAAAUUCAUGGUGAAGGCACGGACCCACUUAUCGCCGCCAUCGCACUGUAUAGUGUCACCGAAACACAAAAAAUGAAGGUGUCAGAAACGUUUUAUUUCAGCAAGGAUCUUGACGUAUUCUUCCCGCACAAGCAUCGGAAGGAGCUCAGUUGCAGCAAUAAUGUGAUCGCAUUUGUGCCAAAUGAAUUCAUAGGCACUCUCCACCUUGUGGUGCGUCUUUACCGACCCUGUUGCGAAGACUUCGAUAAUUAUGUGGAUUUGUACACUCGAACAGACCGAUACAAACCGAACCACGUAGCACACAUGAAGCAAGAGGCACUGCAGCUCGCACAAUUGUCUGAUGUUCUUGAAGAAAUAGGGUGGAUGUCGACACGCUGUGAUCUGAGCAAUAAGAACCUCUUGCCCACCGUCAAAAUGAAUAGUGUCUAUCGAAAGCCGAUGACAGAUGACGAUUUGCUCACAAUUAUCACAGACAAAACUAUUCGUAGUUCCUUUUACACGAUCCCAUUCACUCUGGAGUUUGGUCUAUCUGAUCUUUCCACGCAUGAAGUUUCGUUCCCUUCCGAAGGCGCUGAGCCGCUUCCCCAGGAGAACGAAACCUUGGUUAAACUUUUCGAUCCAAAUUUGCCAAGUGCGAGGCCAGUGAUCUACCGCUAUGCACCCUGCUGCAUCCCGAUCCUCAACUCAGGUUACUUUACUACUUACAACAACAUCUACUACCUUCGCUUUUCUAAAAUCAGAAUUUCGUACUCAGGCUAUUUGAAAAACUUACCCAGUUCGUAUCAUACGUACACGAUCCAGGUAUGCGUCAAGGCACGUGAUGAUAGUCUGUCGGACGAUGACGCACUUCCCUGCAUCUACGGACGCGGACUCACUAACAUGUCGAUGGACACUGUGGCAUGGGUAUCCACGGUGCAUGCAAGCAGCGAAGUCAAUUUGAGUGAUGAAAUUAAGAUUCAGCUUCCGCUCAAUCUGACAGCGAAGCAUCACAUAUUUUUUACCCUUUAUGCAAGUCAACAAAAAACGCGGUCAUCUGUUUCUGGUCAGGCCAGAGCGAUCAAGGUUGGCUAUGCCGCUCUACCAUUUCUUGUCGAUGGUACUUUACAGGUAAGUAAUGGCGCUCAUCUCAAAUUCAUUGCUCAUGAUCAAGCGACAGUCGCAUCAGCCGGAGGGUACGUCGAGAACUUCCCCAAGGCCCCGUCCAGCGCCUUCCUUAACAAUGGCAAACACGUUUUGAAGUACUCGAUACAGGCAAAGACCAGCGUCUAUGCCUCGAACAAUAUUAUUGCGUCCGUGUUCAAGCACUGCCCGUUGUCUAUCGAAGCGCUCAAAGGGGAUGAUGAUGUGUUGGCGCUCUCUGGCAGACUACAAAGCCUCUCGAACACGCCCAAUGAUCCACAUCGAAGUGUGAUCAGUCUUAUAUCCCGGCUACCUCUCGCUGAGAUAUUGGCGUUCUAUCCCUUUCUUAGCGCCUACGCCUUUUCCCUUAUCGGGUCUGGCUCGUCUCAAGUUGGAUUGUCUAGCCGUCUUCACAUGUUAGACGUUCUGCUGCUCAUUACAGCAAAGGCCCAGCAAUACGAUAUGAACCUGCCAACGAUCAGGCGCCGCCAUGGGGACAUAAAGGAAUCUAUGGCCUUCGUGAAAACGACGGUCGCCAGCAUACUAUACCACUUCUCUACCAACGACACGUUGUACGAAGGGGACAGGUGUCGUGCUAAGAGUCGCUUGUAUGCCGGUCUUGCAGAGGUGUGGUAUCACUUGUUGAGUGUCGCCAAGGCACCAGUAACACCUUCUGUGGACCCCCCGCAUUCGCCAUUAAGCAAAGCUAGUGAGGCAUCCGAGGAGCCUCGAAACAUCUUUAGUGAGAUGAGCAAGCUAUCAUGGUUCCUUUUUGACGCUAUUCUGCGUUCCGUAUACAUGUGGGUCUACGACAACAGUAAAGUGGAGCGCACCAUGCUAUUUGAUCCUUCUUUCUACAGUAUGGUGGGUGAUCUGUGUGUACGUGUGUUGCAGAAGUUGUCCACGUACAGGGAAAGUGUCUUAGUACGUCAAGUCGCACUCUUUAUACGUGGUCUCACGUUGUAUGGAGAUCGGGGGCAAGUUCUCGGUAUUGUUGACAAAGUGGUAAGCUACUUUGAGGAGCAAAGCAACGGCGAGAGCCUGAGCAACUUCAUCCUUUAUAUGCUAGAAUACACGGAUUCAGCCCUACUAUUGCUUCCAUAUGUGAAUAAGCAACCGGCUUUCCUAUCUAAGAUUAUAGUCCACUCGCUUCCAGCGCAAAUAGUGCACAACAACCGUGUGGUACGGAUGAACUCCAUCGAUGCGCUCUAUCGUUUCCUCCUGCGUCUCGCAAAUGAUCCUAAAAUCCUCGGUAGCGAUCUUAAUGGUGUCGCUUCACAGCUCUUCCCAUUGGUUCCCGAAGUUGGAUUCAGGUGGAAAUCUUUUAUUCAGCUUUACGAGAAGAGCCCAGUCGAGGUAGCUACAAACGACAAGCGCAGGCUCGCGCUUGUCACUGCUUGGAUUAUCUACUACACUCCUCGUGAACAAAUUACAGCGUGGCUGCUUCACGAGACAAACUCCAAGGUGAUUGCUGGUCUUUUAUAUCUGGUAUCUGAUGUUCAGGCACUUUUCCGCUACCCCUUAGUAGAGGCAAAUGGAAAUGAAAUGACGAACAAAGAGCAGAAGUCGCUUCUUCAAUUAUGGUCUGCCCGCAACGCAACCUUUACGACGGCCAUUAGUGCUCAAUUUGCUAGUAUUGUCCUAAGGGCCAUACCUAACACAAUACGAAGCGUUAAGGAGGAAAAAUCGGACGCGUCCGUGAUCCGGUUCUUCGUGUUGCUGGAGAACACAUUGAGCCUCACCAACUCUACCAUUUCGCUUCAGAUAAGUGCCGCGGUUGCCCACCAAACUAUAUGCCAGCUUUUCCCUGAAAUUGCGAGUGGAAAAGCGCGUAUGUGCGGCGGUAUGCUGUUGUUAAUUAUGCGCCUCAUGUGCAGCUGCUGUCAGCAUGUGCGGGCCUCUGCCUCAACCACAUUCCUCCUUGUGUGUCAGUCCUAUUUCCGGUGGAUGAAUUCGCUUGAAAUAGUGAAGUUCCUCACUACCGAAGCGUUAAUUUCGGUGGCUGAGUCUAAGGCACGAAGCGUACACCUUGCUGCGCGUUUCCUUGAGCUUCAGUUCGAUGAUCUAAGGGAAAAAGCCCGUGUUGAGGAAGAGCGCUUUGAUUUGCCAGCAUCAGACUAUGUAACACGCCACACUCGUGUUUCCGACUCCGAUGGAAGUGAUGUACGGGCUGCUUGCAAAGUCGAUGUACGGGAGCUAUUUCUCAGUGUGGAACGUAAUCCACCCCUUUCUGGAAAACGGUUAGAAGACGCAAAAGCCAUAGCUGAAGCAAAACCACCCAAGUUCUCGCAGCAUUUUGAGCUGAUGGCAGCUGACUUACUCACCAUCUUUAACAACGUACUUAACCUUCAUCUAGACGACUCCAUGAAAUUCAAAGAGAUCAUGAUAUUUGCUCACUUUGACAUAUUUAAAAACCUUCUGCACCAACACAACCUCAAGCAGGCUAUUAAAUGGCUGUAUCGGGUGCACAAAGUUCACUGCGCCAACGAAGAUUCUGUGGAGGCCGGCAUGGUGUUGAUUUUUAUUGCUGCUCUCGGCUUCAGAAUAACCGAGAUGUUUUAUUUUGUUAAGGGAAAAGAUGAUGAUGGCGCGUGUAUGCCGUAUGGCAUACUUACGCGCGUGUUUUGGCACGAUUACGUGCGUAUCCUUCCGGAACUUGAGCUUUUGUUGCCGGUGGAGACGCUCUACGGGGUCGUCUCGGAUCUUCGCGCAUGCCCAAAUGAGUCUUGUUUCACAAUGGAAGGCCAAAUUAAGAUACUGACCAAUGCCACCGAGCUCCUUGACAAGGGCCACUAUUACGAAUUCUCGAUUAGUAUCAUGACUCUUGUAGAUCGAUUCCUAUCUGCCAUCAAGGACCACAAGGGGUCCUCCAUGGUACAUGCAGCUACAGCGAACUGGUGCAAAGCGAUCGGCGAUAACACUGAACAUAACAGUCGUUACUUUUUAGUAUGGGCUCGGAUGGAACGCGAGCAGGACCCGUGUUUGAAAGCUCAAAUUGGGGGAAUGGAAAUGACUGACGAAAACACUAAGGGUCUUCCCGAUAAUAAGCCUAUACAUCGUAUCUACAAAAUGCCGAUCACUACUACUCUUCAAGCCUUUAAGGAGUACGUCAAAGGCUAUGUCGAGUCUUACUUUUCGGACACGUCACUUGUUCAGUUGACAGACGACCUAACAGAAACACGACCAGUGCUACCGGAGCCCGACACGAAGCGCAAGCGGAUUGCCGCGAUGCAACGUCCCCCUAACAAUUGUUUGGUAACAGUUACGGAGGUGGAACCAUAUUUCCCUGGAAACCAAGUUGUUUUGCCAGAUGGUUACGACAAAACAAUGCAUCUUAACCAUUUUGUUAAUGUGGUGCGACUUGGGGUACACCGUCGUACCACUGAGUAUGAAGGAGUCGAACUGAUGAAUCAAUGCAUGAGCAUUAGCACUUAUGAACUGGAACGUGCCUUCCCUGCUACCACCACCGCUAUUAAUGUUGCCAAGUCGCACACAGUUCUUCUCGAUCCGUUUGAAAGUGCGCAGGAGAUGAUUAACAGCUGCCGAGAAACUAUAAACCAAGCUCCAGAUAAUGAAGACUUGAUCAGGCUGAUUCGAUAUGCUCUCUCAAUCAACAAUCGACCAGCCGGUGCGUAUAUAAAGGAAGUGAUUGCCAUUAUGGGUAAUCACUCCAAUAUCAUCCAUGUCAUUCACGAGCUUAGCAAAACAUUGAAGCAAAAGAUGAACAUAAUCGAUUCUUCGAAUGCCAUGAUGAAAUACCCUGAAGACUAUGCACUUGUCCUGAAAGCGUCCACUGACAUUGAGUGUAACUUGAUCAAUAUAACCACACCCGAAGGGUCAGUUGAUACCGAGAACUAA